AGUAUGGUUUCAGGUGUUGCAGUGAGGUGAGCGCUCCUGGAGUUUGGGAACGCGAAGAGAAGGCCUUGUUGUAACAUAGAUUGAGCAGGAUUGAAGUUGGACUGGACAUCAAGAAAGCGAUUGAGUGGUGGAAUCUGUGUAAUCGCUUGAAGAAUACUUAGCUCCACUGAAAAAUAAGUGCAAGAACUUUAGAAACUAAACGUCAUUGGGUGCAGCUGGACUGCGUGACGUCGACUUCAAGCUUACUUACAUCAAAUUCUAAGCCAAAUCUGCAAAACUUCUUAACGAGCCUCGAACCGUUCUCAACAUCGAGAAGAUUUAUUGUGACAGUUUAUUGUCAAAUGGUGAUCGUCAAUGCCCGCGAUGACUCGAUCUACCACUCACCCGUGAGUUUUAACAAGAAAUCAUCAUAUCAUUCGUAGGAUUUCCUAUCGAAGACGAGCAUCGACGUCUGUCUGACUGUUGCUGACAGUCUGACAGUCUAGCAGUCUGACAGUCUGACAGUCAUGUCCGCCCUCCAUCCCGCUGUGGUCUGCCUGCUGCUUCUGUCAUUCAGCCACGAGUUACUCCAUUGGACCGAAAGCAUCGUCGCUUCUGCUUUUAGCGAUUCUUCAACCUUCCAAACUCUUCAACAUGUAUACGAAGAAUCAAGCAGCAUAUAUAAAGCUGAGUUUCCGUCGCUAAACUCACCUACAACAGUCCGACCCGCGAUAAGCGCACCUCUAAAACAGCCCAACAUGUUGAACAGUACCUCUUCCAGCCUCACCUCCCCAUCAAAUCCUCUCAACCACUCACCCUCCGAACCUUUCGACCCUCUCUCCUCCUACCUCUCUCCUUUUUCCCAUUCCUCUCCCCACCGCAAUCGCCGCGGCCUCAUGGAUCUCCUAUCAGCAGCCAGUGGAGGGGGAUAUGGCAGCAGUGGAGGGGGAUAUGGCAGCAGUGGGGGUUACGGAGGAGGCGGCUAUGGAGGAUCAGGUUACAGUAGUGGAGGCUAUGGCUCAAGCUGUGACUGUAGCGGCUUUGACUCAAUCGGUCUUAUCGCUGGCGCUUCAGCGCUAGCCGCCGUGGGAGCAUUCCUCAUCACACAACUGGUAAAUAACACUGGAAAUGGUCGUGAGUUGCCAGAUUACUGGGAAGGACCCGGUGGAUGGUCUGUUCCCCUACCCUCGGCGAUCCCGAAGUUACUGCCGGUUCCUGUUUCGGAAAUGAUAGCAGUUGCUUUACCGCCGGCAGAAGCGGCUGAUAGGGUGGCAAGGACGUGCGACGUUCUGGCUGAGCUGGAGGAAGAGGCGAUGAUUGGGAGUGGGAAGCAGAAGAUGACGCGGUUGGAGGAAGAGGUGAUGUUCGGCGACGGAAGACAGACGAUAUCUUGGAGAGAGGAAGAGGCGAUGGUCAGAGACGGAAAACGGAUGCCUUGGAGACAGGUAGAAACGAUUUUCAGCGAUGACAGACAGAAGAAUGGGAGGUGGAAGAGAGACACGAAGGCCAGAGAUGGAAGGCAGAAAAUAAAGCGGAGGGAGGAAAAGGAGAUGAUUGCCAGUGCAAGAUCUGGAGGUGGAGGUUACGGCAGCUGUGAGUGUUUCCCUGGAAUUGCUGGCGCCAUCGCCGGGUUUGGCGCGCUUUCUGCUCUGGUGGCGUUCGCAGUGGCCCGAGCGUUGACAACAACCACAACAACAACAAUGGCGCCGGCGGGAACCGGAGGAAGGGCGAUGGAUUUUUCCGUCGCGGACAAUUUCAUCGACUCUGAAGACGCAGAGGACGGGGGUCUGUUCGACGCCGUCGGCGUUGAGCUCAUGUCUGGAUUCGUCACAUUGUUCAUGACCUCUGACGUCCAAUGCGUGCCGGCUCAACUCUGUCAGCUGAAUUCACGAGCUCAGCUGGCGGGAUACAGAUAUGGCGCACUGAUGCAGCUGGCAAGCCUGCCGGUCUCAUGGCUUCUGAUGAAGAAUUCGCAACAAUCAAUGACGUCACUUUGUAGAGCCGUGACUACGUCUUCGCCUGAUGCUAGUUCUUGCCAAAGGAGGUAUCCAAACUGUAACUUGUGAAGGUGAAAACUGAGGAAAAAAGUUAUUUUGUGAUGAGGGAAGUCGCUUCAGAAUGAACAAGCUAUUAUUUGCUCUUUGAAAAAAGUAUUCUAUUGUUGCAUCUAAUUGUUAUGUAUGUACUCUAAUCCAUUGAAGCUGGGGGUUGUAUUGGCAUUGUGUUCAUUACGAUUGAUUAACCCGCGCCCCACUGGGGGGGGGGGCUAUUUAUAGCCCCCCCUCCCGUUUUUCGGCAAUAACUUCCAAACCGCUUGACGUAUCGACGCCAAACUUUCAGUACCUUAGGCUGCAUCACUUUGACACCUUGUGUCAAAAUUUGAACUUCGUAGCUACCAUAGGUUGACCGGAAAUGACGUCAGAGUGACGUCAUGUUCGGCCGAUUUCGACGCAAAACAUUGAACCACGGCAAUCGCUCCCAAGGGCUCAGUUUUUAAGCUAGAUCCAAUUUCUUUGCAUGGGAGGACUCAGAAUAGACUGCGCUAUCAAACUGCUAUCUCGGAUUUUCAAAAUUUUGAAAAUUUUGAAAAUUUUAUAAAAUAAAAUUCAAAAUUUAAAUUUUUACAUUUUUUUUCAGAAAGUUUUUGAUUUUUCGAAAAAAACCGGAAUAUAUGUGAUAGAACGCAUUAUUAUGACUAACUCUAGCAAGUUUUAGCUCAAUAUCUUCAAAAAUGGUCAAGUUUUACGCAUUAUUGCAAAAAAUUCACAAUUAUUAAUUUUUCAAAUCAUUUUUUCAGCACGUAUUUGACAUCGUACGCCAAUAUAAAUAGCACCAUCGUGUUCCUGAGCUCAAGCUGCAUCCAAUAGACACCUUUUUUGUUGAAAAAUUUUAACUUCAAAAUUUGACCUUUUUUGACCUGAAAGUGACCUGACCUAAGCUAAAUUCGACUCAAAAUGACCUCAAAUGACACAGACGACAUCAAAUUCGAAAUCUCUGAUCUAAAUGGACCAUAAAACAUGUGUCACGUGACCGACACAUGAUAUAAUAUUUUCGUGACCUGUGAUGACCUGACCUUGACCUGAAAAUCAAAAUACAAGUUUGGUACCCUCAGGGUAACAAGAGCAUCUGUUCCCGAGUGUGUGAUCCAAAAAUGAGCCUGAUCUGACUUGUAAGCCGGCGGCCAGAGCCCAAAACGUGAACAAGCCAAAAUGCUAAUAAUUUUUACUUUGACCUGACCUGUGACGUCAUCGGUGACCUCGAGGUAAAUGAAAUUAGGUUUCGCUCGACAGUUUUUCCGGGGCUAUCAGACGCCGUUUGAAUUUUGACGAUCGGCCCAGUAGUUUCGGAGUUAGGAGGGGGGGCUAUGAAUAGCCCCCCCCCCCCCCAGUAGGGCGUGUUAUACGCAGACCCCAGUGGGGCGCGGGUUAAUAAUAAUAUCAAUCUAAUACAGCUUAUGUUGACCAGAAUUGUAUGGGUACACCAUUGUGCGAGAACUGUGCGUCUUUUAAUUUGAGUUCGUGUCAGCUUUAAACUAACUUUAUAAUAGCAACCGUCCUGUUUUAUAACUUGCAAUAUUUAUUUUUUCUAGUGCCGUUAAUCUCUUUUUCUGCAUUUGUUUCUGGUUGUUAUUCGUAUAUCUAUGUCGGCCUCUUUCUCUUGUAAGUUGUGAUAGACUGUUGUGUAGCUAUUUGCAUAGUCCUAAAUCAUUAAAGCGUUAAUAAAGGGCAUUCUUGUGGGGA